AUGAGUUAAUAAGAAAUUGAAUGUAGUACAGAUUGUAAAGCUAUUGGGCUAAAUCCUGAAAAAAAUGAGAAAACUCAAAAUAGAAUAACUAUUGAUUAGAUACCAAAUGUAUUAAAUAUUUAUUUGAUCUUGCUUAGAAAGGAUUAUCAAAUUGCUAUUGCUAACUUUCAAAAGAUCAAAAAUCAAAAAAAUGCCAAAGUAUGGGAAAAUGUAAAUAUAAUUUGGCAAAUGAGGAAAAUCAAUUGUUAGACAUUACACUAUACAAAUUUUUUAACGAAAUAAGCAAUAGCCACUCUAGUAUUGAAGCUAUUGCAUAUAAAAAAAUAAUUCAUUGCAUACGAGAUUUUAAUUCAAUGAAAGAAUAAAAUGCUGAGUUGAAAUUGAAGCUUAAAUUAAUCAAUAAAAGCUUAGAAUCAGAUGAAUAAUUCCAAGAUUAAGAACCAAUAGAAGAAAGUUAUCCCAAACUUGCAGCAGAAUUAAAGGACUCUCCUUAAGAUUUUAAGAAUAAUUAUUUUAUAAGAUUUGCCAUUUCGCUAUAAGAAUAGAUAGAUUAGGUAUAAUUGUAAAAAUAUGCUAGAUUCUGGAUGGGGAGGAGACUUUUUUUUUUUUUUUUUUUAAAUAAGGACUGGAUUGUUCAAUAUAAAAAUCUAUUUAGUUUUUAUAAAGAGCAAACUAAAGAGAAAUUGAGUAUUGGGAAGAAACUUCUGGAUGUACAAGUGUUUCUAAAUUAAAAAGCGAUUCUUAUAAAAUAAGUUUAAUCUCUAUCCAAAAAAAAAUAUUGGAUUUUGAACCUCUAAAGAAAGAAAAUCUAUAACUUAUAAACUUUUAUUUAGAUGAAUGCUAAGAUCAAGCAUACAAACAAAUAAAUACAAGCAAUAUAAAUUAUAACAUUCCAAUUGAACAUUCUUUGGAAUCGUUGAAAGUAGCUUUGAAGUUUUUUGUAAAAGAAAAACUUAAAGAUUUCAAACCGCAUAUCAUCAUUUUUUUUUUUGAAAUUUCUAACACCCUAGUCAAAGAUCCUUAAGUAUUUUAUAAAUUGGUUAAAUCAUUUCACAAAAUAACCUCAGGAAGAUUAAUAAUUGUUCCUUAAAUUGAUCCAUAAUUUUAAUUUAACAAAAGUGAGAUAAUUUAGUUAUACAUUAAUUGCACUAAUAAUUGUUUUUUAGGAUGUUUAAGAAAUUAAAAUAUGCAAAAAUUAGAUUAAAAUAGCAUCAUAAAAUAUUAUGAGCAAUUAUACACUUUUUUUGUUGAAGGAAAUAGCUAAUAAAAAAAAUAAUAUUAUCGAAAUUAAUUAAUAUCACUCUAAUUUCAGAGAUAAAAAAUAAUUGACAAACAAUCUAGAUAAAACCUAUAAAAGGAGUUCCCUCUUAUUGACAAAGAAGGAAAUUUAGUUCUUUUGGAUUUGGGUUAAGAAUUUGAUUUUACUAACACUUAGUAUUUUGUAGAAUAUGAUAAUAACAAAAGUGCAGAACAUGAUGAUAACAACAGUGCAGAAUAUGAUGGAUAUAUAAUAUUUGUGCAAAGCAAAAGAAUUUAAUUAGUUUUUUUCUCAGAACAAAGUCAAUCUAAAAACUCAAAAUUAUCAAUUCUCAAAAUUUAUCAAUUUACUUUACCCCAAAAUUUAAACGGUGUCUAUUUCUAUGAUUCAGAAUAAAAAGUAUUAAUUUAUUUCUUUGGUUACACUGAAACAGCUGAAUUUAGUAGUGAAAUUUAAUUUCUUGAGAUUUCAAAUUAAAUGGCUGAAUGGCAAAUAGUGAAAUAUUAAUCAUAAAAAAAAAGAGUAGAUGAUGGCUCCUAUUAUAACCCUUAAUAAAUUAUCAACCUUAUUAAAUGCAGAUCAUAAUUCUCUGUUACUAAAAAUAGAAUUGACGGCUACAGUUGCAAGGAUAAAAAUUCUUAUGUUUGCAUAGGGGGCACUUAUUAUAGUGAUAAGUACAAUUAUGGCUGCAUUAUCUAGGAAGUAGUUAUUGAAUUUAACUAAAAAGUUUAUUCUACUAAUAUCGUAGACAAAUCAAAAAUAGAUAAAUUUUAUAAAGAAUGUCCCAACCCAUUAUUAAUUAGACUGAACGAUGCUUUUGUUUUAUAUUUUGAAAAAAAUGGAAGCUUCAACGUCAAUAACAGUAAUCCUUCUAUAGUAAAAUUAUGUUUUUGGAAAUCCAGGUAGCAUUUAAUUCAAAAUUAAAAAAUUAAUUUUAAAGAUUCUAAAUCUUUACAUUGGUUUUUGCAACUCCAUCAGUCUUUAUCCUCUAAUCAUAAAAACAUCAGAAUGUGUCAAGGAGAGCUAUAAGUCGAAAAUUUGUCACAAUUUAGAAUACUCAUAGAGGAAUAGUCAAAUUUAAAACAAUUGUUACCUAUGGAAAACAAAAUUAUACUCAGGAAAUUCUUUAUUUUAACAGUAACAUUUUUUUCAUAGAGAAAUGAAAUUCAUAUAGAGUGCAAAUAAUUUUAAGUGAAUUCUCAUUUCUUUUUGAAAUCAAUACAAGAUUUGUAAAGGGAGGAAAAAUAAGAGUUAUAUUAAAAUGUAAAAAUUUUGAAAAAUUUAGUCUAUAGAAAAUUUAAAAAAUACCUUCAUCUUCCAUUACAAAGAAUAUGAUCAUUAAUAUCUCUUGUGCUAUAUUGAUGAGACCAAAAAUGUAGUGUUUAAAAGAUUUGUAUUUUAUGAUCUUAAGACAUAAGAUAAUGAUGAUUUUAGAGAUUACUAAGAACUUAUCUAUUAAGAUUGGGCAUUCUCUAAAAUAUAUUUAAUUAGAAAAUAAAUAACAUUGAAUGACUGUCAAUUAAGAAUUUAUGAAUGGUAAUAAAUUAUUUAAUUAUUAGUCACCACAUACAUUUUUCAGAUAUUAAAGACACCUCAGAUGAUAUAUUACAUCAAGUUCCUAUUCAUUAAAUUUAUCUGAUUUCCGAUUUUAAGAGUACCUAUUAAUUAAUUGGGUUUCAUGUUGAAAUAAAAAACGACGAGAGUUUUGAAGGAAUAGUAUUAACAAAUAAAAAUUAUUAUCAAAUAGUAAAUCAAAAAAAAACCAUUACUCAUACACAAACAAAACUUAACAAACCUUUAAAUGUUAAUACAUAAUAGAAAUUUCUUUUUCUAAGAUUCAAAUCCUCAUAUUACCUUUUUUAUAAGAGAUUAUAAUUCCAACAAGCAAGCGUAAAAAAUGUCUCCCAAAAUAUAAUUGAAAUCAAAUAUUUGUUUUUGGAUUCAACUUUUUCAGUUUUAUCUGGAAAUACAUUAUUAUGUUCAUUAAAUGAUCCUUUACCAAUUUUUGGGCCUUUAGAUGGCUUAAUAAAUACAAUCAAAUCAUAAGAGAAUCUGAUGGAAAUUUAAGUUUUGAUUAACUCAAACACUAUGAUUUUUAAAUCAUCCAUAAUAUGUCGAGUUAAUUAGGAAACAAAUAAACUGGACCAGCUUAAUGUGAAUUCAUAAACACCUUCUAAGAACGAAGGAUUCAAUAUGUUUCCUUCAAUCUAAUCAAAUAGAAAGAAAGGAGAUUACAUAGUUAAAUAGUCGAAGGAUCAUUCUAAAAUUUGCUGCGAAUGA